AUUCCAUUUGAGCUGAGCUCUGACUCUUUAAAAACAUUUUCAUUAAAACUUAAAUGAGAUUUUAUAAGUUGAAUUAGGCCUAAAGGAAUUGCUUUUUACAUUGCAUAAAAUUCUUCAAAAGGUAAAGGAAAAUUAUUACUAGAUAAAUUGUACAUAAGACAAGAAGGUGCCACACUUAUCAAAAAAUUAUUAGAAUUAGCCUAUAUUAUAUUUCUGUUAAACCACGUGGAUAUAAACAUAGAUUGAUUUCUAUUUCUAAUAUCACAGUUGUUCCAUAUAAUGCAUGUAUGUAGUGAAAGAUCGUGGGAAUAACACGAUCGAGAAACAUAUUUUGGAGCGCGCCUCAGCCCAGAUGACGUCUGCCUGCGCGUUGAAUGGCUCUGGCAUCGAUGAAGGUGUUUUUCAUGUCGCGUCCUCCGCCAUGUUUUCAGAUCUUCAGAGAGGUGUGUAGUUCACAAGACACACACACACACAGAGAGGAGGCUGCUUGCUCUUUUCUUUUGUCUGACCUCCUCUGCAAAAAUGCACGCCUCACCCCCAAAUCCUCACGUCUCCUUACAACCCACAACACCCCUCGAGCCGUAGAUCUGACAAGCCCGUCCAUGUUUGAGGGAAUUAACGGAAGAUUAUCAUUAGCUCUUCAAAACAACUCGGAAUGUUCUCCAAAAAGCCUCAUGGAGAUGUCAGGAAAUCGACACAGAAAGUGCUGGACCCCAAGAAGGACGUGCUGACGAGGUUAAAGCAUCUGAGGAUCGUUAUCGAAAAUGCGGAGUCUGCUGAACUCAAGCACCUCUUUGAGCAGAAUUACUCCCACAUCUACUAUGUCUUCUUUGAAAACUUUGUCACCAUCGAGGUUAACCUGAAACAGAAAGGUCACAAAUCCCAACGGGAAGAGCUCGAUUCCAUCCUUUUUAUAUUUGAGAAAAUCCUACAGCUGUUACCAGAGCGAAUACAAGGAAGAUGGCAGUUCCACAGCAUAGGUCUCAUUUUGAAGAAACUGUUACACACUGGAAACUCCCUAAAGAUCCGGAGGGAAGGGGUGCGUCUGUUCCUUCUGUGGAUGCAGGCUCUGCAGCACAAUGCUUUAAGAGAGCAGCUUUGGAUCUUUGCCUGUCUGAUCCCAGGAUUCCCUGCACCACAGUCCGAGCUGGGCCCUCGAACCCUGGAUAAUUUGAUCAGCCCUCCUCUUAACCUUCAGGAGCCUCAAGUGACUCCAGAGGAGAUCAGUCCCCUUGUCCCUCCCCAGUCAGGAGAUAAAUCCCAGGAGGAUCUCACUGGCUACUUCCUGGAGGCUUUGCUAAAAUACAUGGUAAACCAGGCCAAAAGUCUGGAGUGGAAGUGCAAGGAGAACCACGAGAAGGGCUUCGCAUUUCUGUUCGCCAACUUUAAAAAGUAUUACCUGCCCCAUAUCUUCCCCAACUUCUCCAAGGAGACCAGUUUGUACAACCCUAUUUUGGAGGUUCCACCCAUGAGACCAAAGCCUUACUACAUGGUUGUAAAAAGAGACCCAGAGACCAAUGAAGCACUGUACUGCACUAAAGAGAACUUCCUCAAUGCCAGAGUCAUAUUCAUCCGCUGGCUGGUCUCCUUCUGGCUGGAGCCGCGGUCGAACACAGGAACACAGAUCCCCGGCAUGGAAGGAGAAAAUGUGCCAAAGAAUAUCCAGAGAGCGGCAGCAGGCCUAGCAGCUCGAGGAGAAGAUGGCGGCCCACGACAGGACAGUCUGGAUGGUGGUGGUAUUGGCGAACCAGAGCAGUCGCACUCCAACACCAGCACCCUGACGGAGAGAGAGCCCAGCUCCUCCAGCCUCUGCAGCAUGGAUGAAGAGCACCUCACCGACAUCGAGGUGGUGCGCCGGGUCCUGUGCUCCUCCAGAACCAACGUCAACUUCAUCACAGAGAUAUUUCGCCAGGCGUUCCUGCUGCCGAUGUGUGAGGCUGCAGCCAUGCGUAAGGUGGUGCGAGUGUAUCAAGAGUGGAUUUCUCAGCAGGAUAAGCCUGUGUUUAUGAGACAACCAGAGGAAGAGCGAUUCACAGGCCAGCUGGACUCAACUCACGAGCAGAGAGCUGAUAAAGACGAGGAGGAGGAUGUUGGGCUCACGGUGUCAGUUCGAAACCCUAAUUGGAGUAGGAGUAAAAGCUCUGAUUCUGAGUACAAUGUUCACGCUGGAGUCCAGGCUACACUACAGGUUUUUAUCACCAAUUCCUCUAAUGUCUUCCUUCUGGAGGCUGCCAAUGAGCUCAAAUCACUACUGGAAGAGCAUGUGGACAUGUGCAAGCGCGUGCUGAACAUUUACCGCAGUCUGGUCAUGCAUGAAACCAUGAACCAGAAGACCUGGGAGCAGAUUUUGCUAGUGUUGCUGCGAGUGACUGAGUGUGUGAUGAAGAGGCCUCCCUCCAUUAUGCCUCAUGGAAAGAAGAGUAGCACUUUAUCAGGCCGUUUGGCUGGAGCCAUUUUUCAGACUCUGAUUGUGGCCUGGAUCAAGGGGAAUCUGAACGUGUACAUCUCUCGAGAGCUGUGGGAUGACCUGCUGUCUGUCCUGUCCUCUCUCACCUGCUGGGAAGAGCUGGUCACCGAGUGGUCCCUCACAAUGGAGACACUGACCAAGGUGCUGGCACGAAACCUUUACAGCCUGGACCUGAACGAGCUGCCCUUGGACAAACUUAGUGAGCAGAAGCAGAAGAAGCACAAAGGCAAAGGUGGUAUCCAUGAGGGCCAGAAAAUCACUGUGGAUCGGUCGUUCUCUAAAGGCUGGAGUCGAGAUCCUCCCGGUCAGGCGGCGGCCAUGAGACAGCGCAGCGCCACCACCGCUGGAUCACCAGGCAUCGAGAAGGCCAGAAGCAUCGUCCGACAGAAGACAGUCGCUCUUCGUAGUUGUUCUACGGGCGACAGUCUGCUGUCCUCAGCCUUUAUCCGCAGUGCUAAAAGCGCACCUGUCCUGAUCCACCCCGUACACCCUCUCCUGCCUGACUCUGUCCUCACUCCUCUAGCUGACGAGCUGUCAGACCUGGAGGAGCCUCCUAUGAUCCAGCGUGGGCCACGGAACCGCCACUGCUCUCAGAGCGAGGAGACGCCGACGUCUGAAGUUUUUUCGGCCUCCGGUGAACUGGAGCAGCCUCCGCUUCCCCGCAGUAGCAGUGCCUCCGACAUCAUGGAGCCCUUCAUCGCAGAACGGGCCAAAGGUGCACUUCCUGUCUCUGACAGUCCCUCUCACUCCCCCCACUUUACAGCCACCACCACCACCAUUGAGUUCCCCCACAGUUCCCCAAACCCACAGCAGCUCACUGACCCACAGCAGCUCCCCGACAGCCAGGCGUCCCUGGAGGUGGCCGAAAGUAUCUAUGACCAUCUCUGCCAAAUGCCAGGCCAGCAGCCCCCCUUUAUCCCCGAUUGGUCCUGUCCAGCCGCGGCCUCGGCCAAUCAACCCGAGGGCGAAGCGGAGGAGGACGUCUUCAGUGCUUUUCGGGAGUUUUGUCACAGGGAGAAUGUGAAAAUGGAAGCAGGUGCAGAUUUAAAGCAGGUGCAGUUUGAGGGCGAUUGGGCUCUAGAAUGGGAUAGAGAGAUGGAGCAGAGCGAGAAGAGUUUGUAUGAGUGCUUAGAGGAGUGUGAUUGGGAUUUGAGUGUUAGUCCGCAGCCAGCAGAGGACGGUAAAGGAGCACAGCUUCAGCGGCAGGACGCCACCGACAGGGCUAGCGAGAGUGAGGUUAGUCCACAGGCUUCGCAUGGACCCAUGUUGUCAAAUAUUGAUCACAAGAAACGCCACAGCAGUGCGGUCCAUGUCAGUUUCCGGCCCUCCACAGAGUCUGUGCUGUUCCACAACCCUUUGGACCCCAAGGAGGCACACUGGAAAACCCGGCUUCGCCGUCUCGGGCACUUCAGCAGCCACUCGGUUGGGGCGAAAGGUGUAGGGGAGGGGGUCACCUGUUGUGAAGUGGUGGAGCGGGAAAGAGGCUCCAUCAGCGGGGCUAGACGUGGACGACUUGGUCGUCCGACUCUUCGGCCUCGAGGGUCCCGAUCUAGAUCUCAGGAGUCAGGGUGCAGCCCCUCACGACAGCAGCAGGUGGCUCUGUUGGGUGGGGUGUAUAAGUCUAUGGUCCACGCUCUCUCCAAACCCAAGGGCCAGGCAGCAUCGCCCCAGCGCCACAGCAAAUCGCCCGCCACUGAGGCCCACCUGAAGGACCUGUAUGCUAGCGUUAUGGGCUAUUUUGGAAGAAAAACAUCAGCCAAUAAAGACGAGCUGACGCCGAAGAUGCGGCCCAUGUCUAACGAUGCUGGCAGCAGCAACCCCAAUGUCAGUGACCUCAUGGACGAGUUCAUCCAGGAGAGACUGAGAGCCAGAGGCAAUUCUGGCAUGACGAGGCGCGGCAGUAGCCCAGGAAGUCUGGAGAUCCCUAAAGAUCUGCCAGAGCUGCUGAACCGUCAGAACGCCACACGUCCCGCAGACGACCCCGGUGUGCCCUCUGAGUGGACCUCGCCUGCCAGUGCCAGUGGAAGUGACCUCAUAAGCUCUGACAGCCAAUCGGAUUCCUUUAACGCUUUUCAAUAUGACAGCAAAUUCGAAAAUUUCAGCUUCCCCCCUGAGACGUGUGCUUUGGCGUCUGCAGAUCAGGAUAGUUUGAGUGGGACAGGACAGACAGCGGAGGAACAGGAGCUUUCCAGUCUCACAACACUUCACAUCGACUCUGAGACCAGCAGCCUUAGUCAGCACGGCCUGUCUGCUGAUACUGUCACUAUUACUGGCUCUGAGAGCGCAUCUCCAAUGCACUCUCUAGGAGGAUCUCGAUCGCAGACGCCAUCUCCUGCAACCCUGACCGCUGAACACGUCCAGCAUAAAGAGCUGCAGCUGGAUGAGAAGAUGCACCAUUCUGUUCUGCAGACCCCUGAUGACCUUGAAACCAGCGAGUUUCCCACUGAGGACUGUAGUGUAAUGGCUGGUGGCACUCUGACUGGCUGGCAUGCUGAUGUCGCAACAGUAAUGUGGAGGAGAAUGCUUGGGAUUCUGGGAGAUGUCAACUAUAUAAAGGACCCUGAGAUCCAUGCGCAGGUUUUUGACUACCUCUGCGAACUCUGGCAGAACCUGGCCAAGAUCAGAGACAAUCUCGGGAUCUCCCUUGACAACCAGUCGUCUCCGCCACCACCAGAUCUGAUUCCACCUCUGCGGAUUCUGACUCCAUGGCUUUUCAAAGCGACUAUGUUGGGCGAACGCUACAAGCAGGGAAAACUGCACGCCUACAAGCUCAUCUGUAAGAUCAUGAAGAGAAGACAGGACGUUUCCCCAAACUCUGACUUCCUCACGCACUUCUACAACAUCAUGCACUGCGGCCUGCUCCACCAAGACCAGGAUAUUGUGAACACCAUCAUUAAGCACUGCUCUCCACGCUUCUUCUCUAUUGGACUUCCAGGAGCCACAAUGCUCAUCCUGGACUUCAUCGUGGCAGCUAGUCGUGUCACUGCCUGCUCGUCCCUCAAUGCUCCACGGGUGGAGGCUCAGAUCUUGUUGGGUUCCCUGGUUUGCCUCCCAAACUUGUACAAUGAACUUCCUGCACUGCAUCCUACAACAGCCGACAUCAUCAUGACCAAAUUCACUGAUGUCAAGGAGCAUAUAAUCAAGCACAUCCUGACCUCUGCCAGAGAUGAGCCUUCUGCUCCAGCCAGGUGUGUGGCGCUCUGUAGUCUGGGUAUUUGGCUGUGUGAAGAGCUGGUUCAUGGCACUCAGCAUCCGCAGAUCAAAGAAGCGCUUAACGUCAUCUGUGUCACUCUCAAGUUCUCCAAUAAAAACGUCGCCCUGGUGGCUUCAGACAUUUUGCACCUGCUGAUAAACUACGUGGAUGAACUGGAGAAAUUUCCACCCAACACUCCAAAGAAAAUAGUGGAGGUUCUUAUUGCAACCAUCACUUACCUUCUUCCAGCCACAGAGUCCUCUCCUCAUGAGCUGGACAAGAGGCUGGUUGUUUCUCUACUGCUGUGCUUGCUGGACUGGGUGAUGGCUCUACCUCCGAAAACACUCCUCCAGCCGGUCCAAGGAGCCUCGGAUAAGGAGAAAACUGACAAGUCUGUCCUCAGCUGCAUCUAUAAAGUCCUCCAUGGUUGUGUCUAUGGGGCUCAGAGCUUCAGUAACCCCAGUUACUUCCCCAUUCACCUGUCAGACUUAAGCAGCCCAGACUACGACCCCUUCUUACUACUAGAAAACCUUAAGGAGCCGGAGCCACUCCAUUCACCUGACUCUGAACGCUCCUCCAAACUGCAACCAGUAACUGAAGUGAGGAGCCGCAUUCAGCAAGGCCUUGUUUCAGUUGCGGCACGCACUGUCAUAUCUCACCUAGUCAACCAUCUGGGUCACUAUCCCAUGAGUGGUGGUCCGGCCACUCUGACGAGCCAGGUGUGCGAGAACCAGGACAACCCAUACAGUGAGAGCGCAGACCUGACCCCUGAACUCUUUGACGCCCCCAAUUUGCAGUUCUUCGUGCUUAAUGGCACCACCCUGCUGUCCUACUUACAAAUUCGGGCUGAAGAUGGCCUGCCCGGUGGUGGGAUGUCAGCUGGCCUCACCACCACCAAUGCUUGUGUUCGGGUGAUUGUGAGGGACAUUUCUGGUAAACACUCCUGGGACUCAGCUGUUCUGUAUGGUCCACCUCAUUGCAUCACUCCUAGUCAAACUUUGCACCUUUACACGUCCUCUAAUCCGAGAGGGGAACAUAAUAGAGAUGAGGACAGUUUAGAGAGGGGCAGCCAAGAAGAACCAGAGGAUGGAGCUUUUCAGGAAAGCGAGGAGGACUUGGAUGAGCAUGAGGAGGCGGAGGUGAAAGAAGACGAGGUGGAGGAGGAAGAACUUGAGGAAGAGAUUGAGGAGGAAGAGGUUGCACUGGAACUUAUGGCCCCGCAGGCCAAACGGCGGUGCAGAGAGGUCAUCCCGAACUGGGACUCCCUGCAGGAUGGGGAAGACUCCCUAGAUGAGAUGCUGCAAUAUCUGGGAUACUCCAGCCCAGAGUGUCUGCAACGUACUGGUGGACCUCUCAACAUACCUGCCCCACCUCCAAACUGUGUGUCCGAGAAACAGGAGAAUGAUGUCAUCAAUGCCAUCCUGAAGCAGUGUGCCGAGGAGCAGGACUUCACAAUUCACCGUGGUAAUGAGCUGAACAUGAGGGCCGUCGUUCAGCAGGAGCCAAGCCCACAGAGACCACAGUCUGCCUUCUACUACUGCAAACUGCUCCUCAACAUACUAGGCAUGAACUCUUGGGAGAAGAGGAACAGUUUCCACCUGCUGAAAAAGAAUGAAAAACUACUGAGAGAGCUGAAGAAUCUGGACUCCAGGCAGUGUCGUGAAACACACAAAAUCGCGGUGUUUUACGUGGCAGAGGGACAAGAAGACAAGCACUCCAUUCUGUCCAACACAGCCGGGAGUCAGGCGUAUGAAGACUUUGUAUCAGGCCUGGGCUGGGAGGUGAACCUGACGAGUCACUGUGGCUUUAUGGGUGGCCUGCAGCGGAACAAGAGCACGGGUUUUACCAUGCCUUACUUUGCCACCUCUACAGUGGAAGUGAUGUUCCACGUCUCCACACGCAUGCCUCCAGACUCAGACGACUCGCUCACUAAAAAGUUGAGACACCUGGGUAAUGAUGAAGUGCACAUCGUGUGGUCUGAGCACUCGCGGGACUAUCGGAGAGGCGUCAUUCCUACUGAGUUUGGAGACGUGCUCAUCGUCAUCUACCCUAUGAAGAACCACAUGUACAGCAUCCAGAUCAUCAAGAAACCUGAGGUGCCGUUCUUUGGUCCCUUGUUUGACGGAGCCAUAGUGGAUGGGACUAUAUUGCCCACAGUGGUGCGAGCGACAGCCAUCAACGCCAGCAGAGCUCUGAAAUCCCUCAUCCCUCUAUACCAAAACUUCUAUGAAGAGAGGGCCAGAUAUCUGGAGACGAUAGUCCAACAUCACUUGGAGCCCACGACAUUUGAGGACUACGCCGCUCGUGUCUUUUGUCCUGCGCCUUUCCACUAUCUUCCGUCUGAAGCAGAGAGAAAUGCUGUGAUUUUUCUGCCCCUCCCUAAACCUCCACUAGAAAACAUUGGGCUCACCAAGGUAAAGGGCAAAGGCUUGAAACGGAAGGUCUUUCACGCUAGCUGUGAAUGGCUCAUGCCUCGAGAGUCAGCUGGCAGAAAGUCCAGCAAUGCAGGUCGACGGGAGCGACUUAGCCUCGCCAAUGUCACCUCGUGCUAGCAAGAGCCGGAUGUCCAUGAAGCUCCGCCGCUCCUCGGGCUCCGCCAACAAGACUUGACCAGAGUGAACGAAAGCACACACAACACAUCUUCCAACAGGACACUCCAUGCCAAACUCCGCCCACUGCACUGUCAGACAAGCCACACCCUCUCGCCUGAGGUAACCACGCCCCUAAUGAUGUCUGGCUCCUCCCAUUCAGAGCCAGAAAGAACAACGGAAAGGUUUAUUUUUGAACGCUUCACUUUUGCUUCCUCUUCAAUGACUCUGAGUGAUCGUAGAUAACACACACACACACACACACACACACACACAAAUCAUGCCAUCGAAUCAAACUUGACCUUUUAUAUUUGUACAGGGGAUUGACUAUUUGACGGCACGUCUUUCCGCAUAUUUCUGUUUGUUUUCACUCCAUGUUUUUAUAACGUUGACGCUCACGUUUGUUUGUUUUUCUUUAUUUGUCUUUACGCAUCACAGUUCAUCGUAAUCUGUAAAUUAAGUUCCUCUUCAUUCAGACGUUACUGAUUUUUUUUUAAGUGUUAUCCGCCCCCUUUGCCGUUUGUAACGGUUAUUUGUGUGUAUAUAUCUAUAAAUAUAAAAAUAUAUACAUAUUUAAUGUAUGUGUAUAGUGUAUGAACAGUAUCUGAUCUGUGUACAUAUUUAACAGUAUUUAAAUCAACCAAAAAAACAAACAAACAAAUCAAAAGGCCACUUAGAACGAGUCCAAAACAGCUCAACUGUCUUUUCGUUUUUUGUUUUGUGUCUAUUUGUUUAGCUGCGCAGCUUUAUCGGCUCACUUACGGCAUCAAUCAUUUGGCGACAAUGCUGAAUCAUCUCAUCUUAUUUGAGGUUUUUAAGGAAAUUUGUGAACGAGUUAACAGAGAAACAGGGAAAUGUUGCCAGAUUGAGCCAAACUCCCCACUUCAAAAUGCCAUGUGGAUGUUUUAGACACAUUAAUUCAGUCAUCCGUUUAUUUUCCUAACAAGGAAGCCAUCUUUAACACUACUUUUGCUCUUCGCUCUAUUUUUGACCAUUUAAGGGAUUUAAACAGAUCUACGGAUGCAAGUUGCCAUGUUUAAGACAAAGUCAAGUUUGUAUAUUUUCUGUAAGAGGGUCAGAUUUUUAUUCAUUUUCUUUUUAUCAUUUAGAAAUGUAUCCAAAAAAAAACAAAGCAAAGUGGAGUUGAAAUCAUGCAGCACCCUUCUGGAUUGAAAUUAUAACAUGUAUAUUAAAGGCCUGCACACAAGCAACUCAAGACCUGUGCGUAAUUUCAAGAGGAAAAAAAAGGGUUCCUCGUGGGUAGAUUUUGUGUUCUGUUACUACUGACCAAAUGCUGCAUGAUUCCAGUACUAACUGCAUGUGUUGAUAUAACAGCUGCACAACACACAAGCACACGCACAGAUCCACUACACUGUCAUACGCUUAGCAAGACGUUUGUCGAAGGAGAGUGGAUGUGCAAUGACACUUAAGAAUAAAAGUAUUCUUACAACAUA